UUUUCUUUUCCCUGCUCUCUCCGGUUCGUAUAUGAGCGCUUUAUGACACCGCGUUUCAUGUACAGUACUGUACUCCGCAGAGUUAAAUUUUUUGUAAAGCUAUCCUUAUGUGUUUGCAGCAAUUAGCUCGUACUGGAUUGGAAUUGACCUUUUUCUUUUCUUUUCCAAAAUUGCGCGCAUAUUUAGAAUAUAUUGCCCUUAUUGUUGUCUUUUUAUCUGAAUGCCGUUCGGCGUGCGGCGUGCAGCCUGCUUAUAUCAGUGGUCCAGUGCUGCUUUGUGACACACCUGCCCUUGCAUCCUUACAAUUAAGUCUUCAGAGACGGACACAUCCUGCCAUUGUCUGACUCUGAUACGGAAACACUAAAAGCGAGUUGAUUUCAACUUUUGCCGAACCACCUGGAGACAUAGUCAC